UUUAAGGAGGAAAAAAAAAAAACUAAAUCACGGAAGAGUUCCUCAAUCCUACUAGUUUGGCAAGUCCUCAGCCCUCCAAGCAGCGCGGAAAGGCGGAGAGAAGAGGGAAUAAACACGCAUUUGGGCACCUUUUUUUUUUUUUUUUUUUUACACUUCUCCUGUUCUGCAGACGUUUUAUGAGAGAGGAGUCAUGGAGUCUGCCAUUCAGACAGUGGUGAAGGUCUUCCUAAAGUCGUCCAAGGGGAAGGAGAAUCUUGGAGGGAAGGACUUCCAGAGCCUGGUCAAGAGCCAGCUCGGCAACAUCAUGACGGAUGCAGACAGCUCAGAGGCAGUCAAGGAGAUGCGUCAGGACCUGGACUCCAACCACGACGGCAAGGUUAGUUUCGAGGAGUACAUGAAGCUGGUCGGCUACUUGGCUAAUGCUCUCAGCCAGCAGCGUGCCCUCGCUAAUGAGACGCCUGCCCCGGGCUCCACGGCCGAACCCGUGGCAGAGGAUGCCCCCGCCCAGGAAAAGAAGGAGGAGACGGCAGGAUUUAAAGUAGAGGCAGCAGCAAAGGUAGAUGUAGAGCCAAAGGAAGAGCCAAAGGUAGAGGAGGAGACACAUCCCGAGGCACCCAAGGAAGAGGAGAAGCCCGCAGCAGUGGCAGAGGAGGUGAAAGAGGAGGUAAAUGUAGGGGAGGAAGAAAAGGCGGAGGAGGCUGCGGAGGUGGCUGCGGAGGAGAAGCCAGCAGCGGCUGCGGAAGAAGACGGGGAGGAGAAGAAGACAGAGGAGGAGACCUCAUAGGGGACAAUUCAUUCCACAACACGCACUACACUACAGCCUCAGAUUUAUUACACAACACACAAUAAACAGUGCCAUAACAAACCACCUCGAAUGUCUCGUUUGAAAUACACACAAUUUGGAAAUUGAAGAAGCUCAAAACCAAACAAUGCAGUACAAUGCUAUACAAAAUAAUAAUUACAAACCCAGUCCCAAAGAAAACUCUCUUUUUUUUAUAUAUAAAAAAUGCAUUCAUGUGACUCUGCAAUUCCUGCAUUGUGUCAGUACUUACCACUGUGUUGAUAUGUAUGUGCUCCCCACUAUAUAGCACACUUACCUCAUUGUGAUGAUAUACUAUGAUAGCAUGCAGACAUUCACUAACAUGUGCAUGCCGCAUCCCUGUGAAUUCUUAGACCGCUGCUGCAAAGUAUGCCACUAUGUCCUUGCAGUAGCACGCUGAUACAUACAGCAGGCGGCCACUGUGUCAGUGUACGUAGCACAUCACACCAGCAAUGUCCGUGAGUUUUAAUCCCUUCUCCUGUCUUUCUGUCCGUCUACCCCCGUCCUUAUCGCACAUAGUUUUCCACAGUUGUGUGCUGAAACACAAUAGGACUUGCUGUACAUUUAUAUGAACAGCAGGGUCAGGCCUCAUUGCCGCACCAUUGUUUAAGCGUCGGUUAGUGAGGCAUUAUACACCUAGGGAGGCACUAAUGGCUGUCUCCAGUUUACUCUCUCCCACCACUACUCUCUCGUUUUCUACUCUUGACGUUUUAAUAGAGCUUUAUUUGGUGUGACAAUAAACAGUUGUUUUGCUGAAGCACUGGGUUAUAUCAGCUCAACUUAACUGCUUCAUACCCCCCCUCCUCACCAGCACACCCCGCCCCCCCCCCGCUCUCUCAAUAGUUUAUUGGAAGGUUCAAACGAGUAUCUGGAGUUUUAAGUGCUCCUGCGUCUUAGUCAGCCAUGGAUUAGGAGAAGGAAGAUCAGGUGUGGGCUGACCUAAUAAUGGUCCUUGGCUAAAUAAUUAAGGGCCUGCGAUGGAAUCCACACCAGAGGACCCUUAUGGUCACAAGGGAACCCAAAAUAGCCCCAUGGCAGUGGACCAGUGACUGGGGAAAUGAGCCAGGGGAAGUUUUGCAUGCAACCCAAUCCAACUUGACUAGAACCAGUGGGGGAAAAAAACAAGAAGAGAAACCUCAGAAAUGUAAAAAAAAAAAAGCCAUUACAGAUGCCAUAGGGUGGCCUUAGUGGGGCUCACGUUCUCACUUAUGGCAAUGUAAUGCUACUUGGUCUACCUGUUGAGGUAUAAAGAUGCAGGAAUGAGCUCUGCAGUAACCCAUGGUGGCCAUGGAUAAGGGGUGUGAUGUGAACGGUUCACGGCAGGAUUAUAACCCUUGGUUUGGUUGCUCUUGUAGAAAUUGAUCUUUGUUUCUUUUUGUUUCCCACUGGUUGUAGCUCUUGUUAGUGAGGCUUGCAUGUUUGGUUGCCGGUUACACCCUUGUGCCACUGGGAGACCCCGUUUAACCUGCAACUGGAUCCUGAAGUCCCAGGGCUUAAGAAUCCACUGGCUUAGGUGCUGGAUGGGCGACACACCCUCUGACAAAAACAAUUACAUGAAAGUAAUCCUGGGCUCCAGUGAUCCUGCCCUUUAGAGGAGGUGGCAGGUUCAUAGGGACCUUUUUGCCGUCAAAGGUUGUGGCCUUAGAUACGAAACAGAAUACUGAGCCAUCAGACAGGAGACAAUGUAGUGUUAUGUCUAAAAACGUGCUAUUGAAUACAAUAUUGCAUGCUAUCAGUAAGUGAUCUGACAGUUACUGCCGUUGUAUGAUCACAGUGGUUAUUCUUCAAGUCUCAUAUUGACUUUGUGCUAACAUUUUAUAUUUAAAAUUUGUUAUACUUCUUUACAUAGUUGGACCACUAUGCGGAUUACUUGAAGACUCAAGGGAACACAAUUAUAUGUCACAUUAUAUUCAAACAAUUUGUUAAUUAGAGUUUAAUGAUUUGUAAAUCGUCUCAUCAUUAAUAAUACAUCCAUGAGAAAGAGUCUCGUGUUGCAUGUAGGCCUGCUUCAGAGUACUAGGGCACAUUUUGGGCAUACAACCAACAUGCACCUUAUGUAUUAUACCGGCACCUGGCCCUCCAAAUUCCUCAGAGACCAGUGGGCAGGACAAAUAAACCUAAUGGUUCCAGCAAGUCCUGUGGUCACAUUGCAUCACUGCAUCACUCCCAUUGUAAAUACACUCUCAUCCAUGCUCGCACUCCGCCCAGCUUUUCAGCAUACAGUAUACUCUUUGUAUGUUGCAUUUCUUGCAUUAUCUGUUGUAGCUGACAUACAAAUAGAGCCUCGGUUGACAUUUUAGGAUCAUUUAGAAUCGAUCAUUAAUCAAUUUUUACCUCUUAGUAACACCUAUAUCCUUUUCUCUUUUUUUUAUUACGAAGAGGUUGUCAUAUCAUGGUACUUCCUGUGAAAAACAUAUCAUCUUUUUCACCAUCUGAAGCCAGCCUGCUGCUUACAGUAUGUACAUAGGCCUCAGGCACCUGCAUCUUGUAUAUGCACUGGCAAGUUGCAUAUUAGUUAUUGCCCUUAAGAAAGGUACGCUAGAACAAAUGAAAAGCUUUACUACAUUUUCCCAUGUAAUACUGAAAUGUAUGCAAUGCAAUCUUUGUAUAAUUUCCUACUUCGCAACCAAUUAUCUUUGCAAAACGGUGGCAAAUUCGCCCUAUUGAAACACUGUAAACUUGCAAAAUUGAACAGACCGAGCUCAAAUUGUAUUUUUACAAAUUUGUUCGUUCGUUUGUUUGUUUGUCGUUUUAAUCUGCUGGAACCAACAGAUCCGAAGGGGUUUGCAAAAUGAGGUGCAGGUCAGAUUUCAGGAAAAUUGUCAGUCUGUACAAGUAUCUUAAGAUGACUCACAGCCUGUCUGACUUUCUGGCACCCAUUUUAUUGUCUUGAAAACCCACCCAGCUUGCACUCCAAGGAGAUUAAAAGAACUACUUCUUAACAAACAGCAGAUUUGCAACUGCAGGCUGUCAGAUGCCAGAAUAUGCCUGCUACGCAAAAGUCUGAUUAAUUUUGAGGCUAAAUUUGAAAUAAGAACGUGCACACCGGGAUAGAGACGCUUUAAUGAGUAUAUAAUCGGACAUAUUUGUAUGUGCAUUUUAUCGAAGGCUGCAAGGGGUCAAAACAUCACUAGGAUGGAUUUUGAUUUAUCUGUCUAAAGCACUCCUAAUACAGUGUGCAGGCUGCCGUCUUUUUUUCUGUUAGUUAAUUUGCUUUUGCAAUUGGAGGACGUGAGUGAGUCUGAGCGAUUUUAGACUCAUUUCAACCCGCUGCCGUGUCCAGGGAAGCCCCCGCUAUGCCAAUGUUUUAAACCUUGGUCUGAAAUGCUGUAACAUUUUUGCUUAUUCUUUGUAACCAAUAUUUGUAAUGGUCAACAAUUAAUAAAAAAACUGUGA